CGGAGAUCAUGUCAUGCAGGAGAUUGCGGUCGGAAUCAGACUUGCGACCGCCUACGCCGAAAAAGGCGACGCGUUGUCUGACUUCAAAACCGACAUGGCCAUGGACGCCGAAUACCAUCACCGUAUGGCUGAACGUAUGGAAAAACUUAUCCCACUCGUGUGCGGUCAGGAGCCCCUCUCCCACAACUCUGCCUGGCUUGAUCACUGGGACAUCUCGGAGCGGAAUAUAAUAGUCGAUGAAGAUACGAAAGAGGAGAUGCUCCUUGAUUGGGAGCAGCUGAUCACCAAGCCCUUUGUGAUGGGGCACGACGCGCCACCCAUUAUUAACCGUCACAAGGAGGUCGACAAGGACUGGUAUCAGCACUGCAAGAACGUUUACGGCACUCGGAAGAGAGAAUUAGAUAUAGCGUGGCCUACCAGACUUAACGAAGCGGGCCGGAGACGAGAAGAUGACCUAAACCGACUUCUGAGGUUGAUCGAGGGCGUGGGCACGAAAUGUUGGUCUAAUGAGGUGAGGGCAGAUGUUGCGGAGUUGUGUACGUUCUACGGGGUGGAAUACUAUACUGAGCCUGUGGGAAAAAGGGAUAUUAUUUCGGGCUAAGAUUCGGUAAGCUUGCACGAAGCGUGGUGCAGUAUUUGCUCCGCUUCAUUGCAAAAUAGCGUGCUCUUGAGGGUUUGUGUGGUUGGUUUAGGGCACGACAUGUGCACCUGAUCUGAAGGCACUAGGUAGGUAUGGCGACAUGUUAUAAAUUGUAUUUCCAUAUCCAACAAACUGUUCAGGGUUUCCAAAUUGCUCCUUUCCAUCAAUUUCUUUUCC